GCAGCAGAGCAGUUGCAGCGCAGUCAAAGUGGGCAGACGGAACGACGCGGAUCAGGAAAACUAGUGGUGGUGAAAAUGUUCACGCAAUUUUUUAAUCAAGGAGAAAAUAAAUAAAUUCUAUAAAAAUAAUGUAGAAAAUAUCGCAAUAACCCAGAGGAUGAAUAAAGUGAAUGUUAGGCUGAAAUGUGAACAAUAGACAAGAUAUUAUCCCCUCCAUACAGUAAUAGAAGAAAUAAGGAAUUACAUAAAUCCACUAAAAUUUGUAAUUGCGUGUGAUUGGUGAACAGCGGCGGCUAAAAACAUCACCCCCCAGCAGACGACGUCCACUGUCUUCAACUUGUGCGUGCCAAAAAAUAAUAAAAAUAGAAAAUUAGUGCAACUUCGGUGAAAAAAAAAUGGAAUAAGCCACAAUACGCAAAAUACGCUUAAUUAUUCAAUAAAACCACAAUCACAAUCAUCAAUACAACUCUUCGCUAGUCGCCGUCAGUCGGUCGGUCACUGGAUCCAUCGAUCGGGCGAUCGUUGGUCAGUCACUGGUUUUCGUUCGUUAAGUCCUUCCUUUGGUCCGUUGCCAAAAAUAAAAACUCCACUGUAACGUGCUCGGAGUGAGCUACAUGGUUUUGUGUCUGCAGUGAAGGCGUUCGGUCGGUCCAGUCGGUUGGGUCCAGUCGGUCGGAAGUUUAUGCAGCUCUGAAUGUCUUUAUGCUUUAAUCAUGGUGAAAUUGACCACCGACACAAUACGCUACCACAUUAGAAUCUUUCUGAUUACAAAUCAUGACAGAAGGACAUGAAAGCGACUUCUUAGUUACAGUACGCGCACAGGUUAUGACCAGAGACGAAAGCACCGAGGGUUGGUUACCACUCGCCGGGGGUGGUUUAGCAAAUGUUUCAAUACGGAAACGUGCUAGACUAUCCCCUGGCGCCGCUGGACAUGAAUAUAUCAUCUAUGGCCAAAGAAUCUCUGAUCAAAGUGUAAUUUUAAGCUGUGUCAUAAAUCGUGAUCUGAAGUAUUACAAAGUGAUGCCCACAUUUCAUCACUGGCGUGCUGGUAAACAACGCAAUGGUCUCACUUUUCAAACGGCUGCCGAUGCGCGCGCCUUCGACAAAGGCGUUUUGCGCGCCUACAAUGAAUUAAUUGAUGGCCUGGCCAAAUCUAAUCCAUCAAUAAUAUGUCCGCCACUCACCAAAUACGACUCUGUUGGCGAAGACGACGUUUUUAUGACCUUAGAUCUACCCGUCGAAGCCGACUGCAUACAAAAGUCAUAUUCAAGUCCCGAAGGCAGCGAAAAAAGUCACAAAAGUAUUAGUGUCGAUCGUGGUGAACGCAUUAGUCAGAAGAGCGAAUUGGAUAGGUCCACAGAUGGUAAAGCCAUCAUUCACUACAUAUCGAAUGAGAAGUCAUGCAGCUUGCAAGCGCCACCACCGCCAGCAUUGCUAAGUGCAACAACUGUCGGUGGCAAUGGCAACAAUGGUGCAGGCAAUAAUAACAACUGCAACCUGGUAACUACCACCACAGUGAGCGCUGCCAUUAUAUCGCCGCCUAUCACCACCGUUUCGUCGAGUCAGUUUGAAGCGCCACCACCAUCGCUGCCAACAGCCAUUGCGACCAGUGAGAAUUACUCCUACGUGCAGCUGACAGCGGUCCACGACUACAAUUAUCCGGUUGUCGAUCAGCCGGCUGGCGCGCAGGUGCUUAACGCACGUCGCGAGUCGAUUAGCGCGCUAAAGAAACGCAACGCUUUGGAAGCUGCACAAGCACUGGCCGCUGCUCAGUCCUCACCUAUUGCCGCCGGUGUGAUACUUAAGGAUCCCGCCAGCAAUGUGGACAUGAUCAAGAAGAGCCAACGUGCGCGUUGUCGCUACUGUCACGAACUCUACAAUGAUGAGUGGAACGGGAAGGGUGCAUGUGAAUUUGCGCCCGAUCGCUUCCGUUCGGCAUUCGAGUGUAUUUCGGGAAUCGGUUGUGCGCGUUGUAUGAUUUAUCAUUGUAUGAGCGAUGCCGAGGGUGAAACUCCACAACAUCCCUGUGAGUGCGUCAAUGAAGCAGGUUGCACUAAGCGUUGGCUCGGCCUAACACUGCUAUCAUUGCUCGUACCCUGCCUUUGGUGUUAUCCGCCGCUGCGCGCCUGCCAUUGGCUGGGAGUAUCAUGCGGCGUGUGCGGCGGCCGACACAAACCACAAGUCUGACAUUUGGAGGGGCG